AUGUGUGUGUCGUCUGUACUGAAUGGUCGUCGCUUCACCUGCGGUCCGACCUAUGCCUCUAGCAACGAGCAGCUUUACCAACAAUUCUUUCCUACCUCGAACCAAGCUACGACAGCUAAACCUCGGGCCGAGAGUGCGACAGCUGACUUAUCCGACCUUAUUGUCAUGGCACAUUCGUUUCAGACCACAGUGCAGUAUGCUAUUUUGGCAGGCUCUGGAGUCUUUUUCUUUCUCAGCCUUGUGUGUUUCUUGAACAUCAGCCGAUUGGAGAAGAGAGAAUCUGGGCCCACUGGAACGAGAGUCCCCGCUUGGGGGGUGACCAUGAUGAUAUUUGGACAGUACGCUCUCGGUCUUGCAAUCGCUGCAGGCUUCGCGACCUUGGAGACAGUCAAAGCUUUGGAGUUCAGUACUGCACCCAUCUCGAAUGGAAAGACUGAAGCGACCGUCCAUAUCGAUGCAACACUUCAGGGUCUGCAGUGGGCUAGUAUUGGGCUGUUAUUUAUCUACCACUGCCAAAGCUUUUACACCUUCUGGAAGAUCACACAUGGAGAGAAAACGUUGCCAUCCUUUGGUCCGCUAGGAGGAGGCAGGCCAGGACCGAUGCCGAAUCUUCCAGCGAGACCAAUGGGCAUGGCAGGUGGUCCAGCCCAAGCAAUGCCCCCUCGCCCUGCUAUGCCGCCCAUGGCAAGAUAG